CUAGACUCGUCUCCUCGAUUUCGCCCAGCAGCCUUGCCCCGGCUAGAGCCGCCGCCGAGGGCAUCUCCAUUUCCAUAUCGGGCGCCGUCGCCGUCGCCGCCAGAAAAUGUCGCCGCCGUGUGCCGCGUUCCCACCGUCGAAACUUGACGUGCACGUCCAAGCCGAUGUCAAGGGGAAGAAGCGCAAGCUGCCGGGAGGCGCCGACGUCGACCUGACCAAGUGUGCGUUGAAGGAGAUGACGCAGUACAGGUGCUUUGUCGAGAAUUCGCAGUCCCGAAACAGCCCGGUCCGGUGCUGGCCGAUUCACCGACUCUUCCGACAAUGUCAGGACAAAAAGGGCACGUUCACGGUUGAGACUACGGCUUGGGAGGGUUCAAAUUCAAACCCCACCACUCGUCACAAUUCUCAAGCUACAGGCCACGGCAAAUCGCAAGACGGCCAUUCCAAUGAGCCGUCAUAUCAUCAAUGGUCUCAGGCAUGGGAGGAUGAGUGAGGUUUAUAACCAUUGUUUCCGAUGUGUCCACGACGACUUAGGCGCAAAUUGGAAAUCAUCCGGAUAUCUUGGUUGUCCCAUCAGAAGCGCAGAGUAGGCACAGAGGCGAUGAAUGAACUCCACCUAGACGAUUGUACGAUGAUAGAGUCCGGCCGGAAUAUGUAUUGGGCGAAAGGCUCAAGUUCACCGAAAUCAAA